GAAUGUGAGUUGUCCAAUAGGAUUGCUCUAAAGGCGGGGCUUAAGAGUAGCGUCUGGGCCUCCGCCUGUCACCGCCGAGCGGAUUGUUUGGUGUCAAAAUGGAGUUCUUACUGGGAAAUCCCUACAGCACUCCCGUGGGACAACGCAUAGAAAGGGCCACUGAUGGAGGCCUCCAGAAUGAAGACUGGGCCCUCAACAUGGAGAUCUGUGACAUCAUAAACGAGACGGAUGAGGGGCCAAAAGACGCCAUGCGAGCGCUGAAGAAACGACUCGGUGGCAACAAGAAUUACAGAGAAGUCAUGCUGGCGCUAACGGUAGUGGAGACGUGUGUGAAGAACUGCGGCCACAGGUUUCACGUUCAGGUGGCCAACAGAGAUUUCAUUGAUGGCGUUUUGGUAAAAAUCAUCUCCCCCAAAGCCAACCCUCCGACCAUCGUACAGGACAAAGUGCUGUCGCUCAUACAGGCCUGGGCCGACGCCUUCCGGAGUAGUCCUGAUCUUACCGGGGUGGUCCAAAUCUACGAAGAACUGAAGAGGAAGGGCAUGGAAUUCCCCAUGGCAGAUUUGGAUGCGCUGUCCCCCAUCCACACACCACAGAGGGGCACACCGGAGGUGGACCCAGCUAUGAUUAAGUACCUGGCACCCGUAACAUCUGCUCCAUCUCCAAAACCAGCCACCAACUCAUCUGCCACACACGUCGCUCCACACGGCCCCAUCACAGCAACUCCCGAGCAGGUGGCGCGGUUACGUGGCGAGUUGGAUAUAGUGAGAGGCAACAUUAAAGUCUUGUCAGAGAUGCUCACGGAGAUGGUCCCCGGCCAGGAAGACAGAUCCGAUCUCGAACUGCUCCAGGAGCUGCACAGGACAUGCCGAGCAAUGCAGCAGCGAGUGGUGGAACUCAUCUCGCGCGUGUCAAAUGAGGAAGUGACUGAGGAGCUGCUGCACGUCAAUGAUGACCUCAACAACAUAUUCCUCCGAUACGAGAGGUAUGAGCGGUACAGGUCGGGGAGAUGCGCUCACAACACAACGAUUUUGGGUGAAGCCACAGAUGACAACCUGAUCGACUUGGGUUCCGGCUCCCCCGCCGUCUUCUCACCCAGAGUGCCGUCCAGCCCGCCUCCUCACAGCACCACAGGGGCCGUUGCCUCCCCAGCCCGGAACCCCGCUGCGGCAUCGCUGACCUCUGCGCUGGCCGGCCUCGAUGUCGGUCCUGCAAGUCAACCAAGCCGCAACAACCAAGAUGACUUUGACAUGUUCGCUCAGACUCGGAGCAGCUCUUUGGCUGAGCAGCGCAAAAAUGUCAAGUACGAAGAUCCCCAGGCUCUGGGUGGCCUGGCCUCGGCUUUGGAUGUUCGACAGCACAACACGGGAGGGCUGAGGGUAGAAGGGGAUGAUAACCCAGCAGAUCAGGAGCUGCCCAUAGACAGCUGGCUUAUUACCCAAGGAAUGAUCCCUGUUUCGCAGUCUUCUGUCAUGGAUGAUAUAGAGGAGUGGCUCUGUGCUGAUGUGAAAGGUGAUCCUCAGGAUGAAGGCGUAACCAGUGAAGAGUUUGAUAAGUUCCUGGAGGAGCGAGCAAAGGCAUCAGACACAUCUCCCGCCGGGGACGACCCCGUUCAUCCUCCGCUCCCGGCUCCCGUCGGCCCUCACAAGAAAGCUGAACGGACCGAAGACGCCCUCUUUGCCUUGUAGACUCGUAAUUGAGCAUCUCCGUCGCUCCCUGUGGGCCCGUCUGAAGGUCGGCGCUUUGAAUGGUUCCCCUUGAAAAUGGUCCUACGGUCCAAUUUCAACCUCUUGCCUCUUGCUACAGUGUUUCUCCUAACAUACACAGACGACGGGCAGAUUGUGUAAUACCAUUCGUGGAAGUAUUUGAUUCGUCAAUGUGGGAUGUAGUGACGCCUUCACAUUUCUAAUGCUCCACCAAAGGAUAACGGCCUAACCUUCAAAGAAAGGGGUUUAAAACGACAAGCUUGGUUGAUGCGAGACAAACAUCAGUCAUUGUCAGGACAAACUCGUAUCGUGGGCUAAUUGCUAAUCUAAGCAUAUAUUGUUUUAAUGGUUUGCGCUGUUGUAUGCACAAGUGCUCAUUUCUCCCCAUAACUAUUCCAAGUAACAGUUAAGUGGAGUGUAGAAUCCUGCUAACAAAUCUUCAGUGAGCUGCUACAAAACAAGUGUUCACGUCCCAAGUGUUGUAAUGCUUUAAAAGAGUUGGACCAGAGAGCGAUGAAAAGACUGAUGUGCUGUAGCUUGCGACUCCAGCAUGCUGUGAUAAAUCAAGGACCACACUGGCCACACAAUGUUAACAAGCAACCCUCUAACCAAGGGGAAGAAAAACAAUCCGAAUACAGACAAUGGUGCCUGGAGAUUCGAGUGACAGUCUUAGGCGUUUUUUUUUCUCCCCCCCCCCCCCCCCACCACCUCCCAGGUACAAGCACUGUAUGGGCAGUGAAAACAACUCGUCUCGCGUCACACAAAGCAGAAAUUUGGCAGAACAAUUCUUUCCACACACAAAAAAAAGGAGGCCUCAAGAUACUUAACGCCACACGCAGUUGAAGUGUACUGUCAAACUCAACCUAAAACGAGGAGCAUUAUUUUAUUUUAUUUUUUUAAGACAACCGCACAGCCUUGCCUUCUGCAAAACUCCCUCGACGGGCUAACAAACCACAUCAAUAGCCGCUGUGUUCUAACCCUUGAAGCAAUGGAUAGUUGCAUCAACAUAUGAAGACACACAAUACAAUACUCGAUGGAACAUUUCUUUAUCACCUGCAAAAAAGAAAAAGAAAAAAAAGCUAAUAAUAUUGCAGUAGUCUACGGAGUCACUUACUCUAAUUCUAUUCUAAUUCUAAGUCUUCUUUGUUUAUAUACUCGUGACCAACACUCUCCAGCAUACCUGUGACUCUAGUGAGGAGAAGCGGUUCAAUAAAUGAAUUAAUAAAAAAACAUUCGUUUUUUUUGAGGGGGUGGGGGGGCUGGAACAAGUUAAUUUCUGUUCAUUCCAAAUGGAAAAGCUCAUUUGAGUUGCAAGGGCGUUACGAAUAUGGUCAUGGGAUUCAAUUCAACUCGUAUCUCAAGGCACCACUGUUUUGAAAAGGGACUGUUAUUAAGAUUAAGAUUAAGAAAACCUUUAUUAGUCUCGCAAUGGAGAAAUUCCAGAUUCACAGCAGCAAAGUUAUGAAAGGAAGAAGUAGAACAACAAAAAAAUAGGAGCUGCUGGAAAGGCAGCCACUCUUGCGGCGCCAUUUUGAAGUCAAAAUAACAAAAAUAACACAAGACAACACAUAGGACAGAGACAGUCGUGCAAUCUUCACCACUUUUCUGCAUACACUUUGUUGUCUGAAGCAGUUAUAGAUGAAAGAGGAGAGGAUCAAAGUGUCCUUUCACCAGUGGAUCAGAGACAUCAUGCUGAAAAUGUGCACACGUCUGCUACAGGCAAAGUUUUGAAAGCAAACACGAAGCUGUAGCGUCCAUUGACGAAAAGAGAUUAGUUCACUUCUCCUGUCCCACAUAAUCCGCUUCAAACUCCAAGCCGCGACUCCCAGCUCCAACGCUCCUUUCUUCUCAUCGUCGGCUCCUCAAGACCUCCAUCCAUCCAGCCGCAGACCGUUCAACAGCACCGAUCUCUCCGCUGAACAAAGCGGGGCUGUGAAAAAUGCUGCCCAUUACAGGCGCAAGACACAAGCGCCCCGGGACUGUCCAGCAACGACAGUCAAAUGGCGCCGACAUUCCUCCAGUCAAAAACAGUGCUGGUAUACCCAUGCUGCCGAGAAGGCGCAACCACCAAGCACAGAGUCUCCUCCUUGAUGAAUGUCGUGGCCAAAAAAUGCUGAAAAAGGUCCACAUCAAGUCCACACGACGUAACAACAAACGCAAAGUGACAAAAGAAACACAAGAACAACAAAAAAAAGCAAGGCUCAUGAGAGCACUUGCUGACGGCUGCCUACUCGGGCGCCAUCUUGACUUCAAAGCUGCAAAAAAGGAAGGGUCCCUAAUAUGCCCAUUGAUUACUUUUUGUUACGAGAAGGGAUAUUUAAUAUCUGGAAUUAUUCCAAACUGACAGUUUUCGACCACCACCCCAUCAGUAAUUAGGCCCCCUUCACUUGUACUCCUUCAAAUAUGGUUAACCUGCAGCUUGUUAACACUUUCACACUUUAAAGUUAAAAAAAAGGGAACAAAAAAUGUCAUAUUAUGAGUGUUUACAACAUGGUUCAUAUUUUUCUAGGAAAAAGGGAAGGACAUUUUGUUUUGAAUUUCUUCAUUUUGCACAUAACUAAAAAACAAAACAACAGAGAUACUUCAUUGACCACAAUAGAAAUAGCAGGUGACAUGGGUGACAAAUUGGGUGUUUAAACUGCCUGGACUGCACCAAACUAUUGUAAUCAAUUACCUGCAAGACACACACACACACACACACCUUGAUUAAAAAAUAUCAAUAAAAUAUGUUUUUAUUAAUCAUGCUAUGCAGACAGAAGGGCGAUGUAUGUAUUAUUUUUUUCCCCUGAUUGUGUAUAUAUGUUUUAACACUUUUUGAAGAACAAUAUAUUUUUUACCAUUCAUUAUUUUGAUGUCAGCAAAAUUGCUAUUUUAAUUUUCCCAUAACUCAUCUUCUCUUUUGAAACUGACAUAUGUCUUUGGUAUUUCCAAGAUCCCCAAAUUCCAUCCUAUUUAAAAAUGCAGCACUUUUAACCUCCUGCUUUGUUCCAAUUAUGCUUUGCGUGUCUAUUUUAUUUUAUUUUUCAGCUUAAGACCAAAACCCUUGUUAGUCAAAUGCAGUAUUAUUGUCUGGCUAGUCCACUGGAUUUGGUAACAAUCUUUAGAUUAAGUGAAAAAUACAUUUGCAGACCUAAACUUUAUAACUAUCUAGGAUUAGGGUUAACUAAAUUGGCUGGAAAUGAAAGAGAUUUAUUUAACAGUCAAUGUUUGAGUAAACUGUUACCGUACGGGCUAAAAAAAAUGUGGCCUGAAGUUGCUUAAUGUUGUGUUUAAAGAUUUCUGGACUUUUUAACAUGGUGUUUUCAUGAUGCAGACGUGUCGAAUGCAACAUGGACUCUUCCAAAUUCAGGUUGCGUUAUUGAUUGGCACUCAACUGUGCACAUUUUGCAUUUGUGGAUGUUCUGUGUCUGUUUGGGCCAAGCCACCUGCUGCCAUCGCUGACUGUCGGGUCUCUGUGUGUCUAUGCACGUAUGUAACUGCCCAAUAAAACACAUGUGAGACUGCUACCUCA